GUCAUCUGCCGGAAAUACGGAAAAACUGUCGCACUAUACCCAAACUAUACUGACGUUCAUACCGCGCCAUCUUCAUAAAAAAGGCGAACUGUGGAGGUUGAAUGAAAGCCGUGCCUUUUUGAAAGAAACAGCUGCUGCAUGGAGUGAUAUUCUUGCUUUUCAAGGUGUUUUGUCAGUUUUUGUGAUCAUGGGGGUCAAAAUCCAACGUUCUCGGUGCUUCCUUGACAUCGGCAUUGGAAAUGUACUAGUUGGUCGCAUUGUCGUCGAGCUGUUUUCAGACGUCUGCCCCAAAACAUGUGAGAACUUCCGAUGUCUUUGCACAGGUGAGAAAGGCAUCGGGAAAGGAACUCAGAAACCUCUCCAUUACAAAGGAUGUCUCUUCCAUCGCAUUGUCAAAGACUUUAUGAUUCAAGGAGGGGACUUCAGUGAAGGUAACGGAAGAGGAGGUGAAUCCAUCUAUGGGGGAUUUUUUGAAGAUGAAAGCUUUGCUGUGAAACACAACAAGGAGUACCUGUUGUCUAUGGCUAACCGGGGAAAGGACACCAAUGGAUCCCAGUUUUUCAUAACAACAAAACCAACUCCUCAUCUAGAUGGGGUCCAUGUGGUUUUCGGGCAUGUGAUUUCUGGUCAAGAGGUUGUGCAAACCAUGGAGAACCAGAAAACCGAUCCGAAUAGCAGACCCUAUGCAGAAGUCAAGGUCAUGAACUGUGGUGAACUUGUCCCCAAAUCAAAAGCAAAGAAACACGACAAAAAGAAAGAGAAGGCCUCGUCAGGUUCCAGCGGUAGUUCCAGUGACUCUGACAGCACCUCGGAAUCCUCCUCAGAUUCAGAAGAAUCCGACAAGGAGUCUAAGAAGCAGAAGAAGAAGGCCAAGAAACAAAAGAAGAAGCAGAAGAAGAAGGACAAGAAGAAGCCAGAGCCUGAGAGCGUUGAAGAGAAAGAACAGGAAGAGGUGGUCACAUCUACCGUGCGUCCUGAAGAAAUACCUCCAGUCCCUGAGAAUCGAUUCCUCAUGAGGAGAAGCCCGCUGAUCGUCGAGAAGGAAAAAGAGCCGGAGAAAGACCAGCGCAAUAAAGAAGAACGACCAAGAGACAGCUCUGGUGUGAGAAACAAUUCUCAGUCAACUUACAACAGAAGACUGGUCAUGACGCGCUCUGGCAGGAAGAUAAAAGGCAGGGGCCCCAGGAGAUACAGAACUCCUUCACGUUCUCGUUCAAGAUCCAGAGAUCGUUUUCGGCGUAGCGAAACUCCUCCCCACUGGCGUCUAGAGCUGCAGCGCCAGAGGAUGAGGGCAGUCACGGGGGAGCGUUGGAUUAAGGGAGACAGAGGUGACAUGAGUGACGACAAGGACGAGGCUGCUAACACUCAGAGGAGAGAACGACGGACCUCUGCGACCAAGCAGGAACAGACCGACGAGGGCAAAAAGGACAAGAAAGCUCGAUCUGGGAGAUCCAAAAGCAAGGACGACUCUGUGGAAAAGAGUGAGAAACAAAGCAAGCAGAAGGACAAGAAAAGGGCCAAAUCUAAAAGCCGCAGUAAAAGCAGAGACAAAAGUAGGAGGUCAAAAAGCAGAGAAAAGAGGAGGUCAAAAAGCAAAGAGAAGAGUCACAAGCAUAAAAGUAGUGACAGGAAAGAUCGCUCGAGGAGUAAAGACCGAAGUGCGACUAGGAAAGAAAAGGAGUCUGAAUCUGAUCACAGCAAAGAAAAAAACAAAGAGAAAGAGUCUGAUAAGCCGAAAGCAGAUUCCAAAACAAGCAAUGGUGAGAAAACGAGGACCAAAUCACAAAGCAAAGACCGAAAUUCCAAGGACGAGCGCAGAUCAAGAAGCAGAAAUCAAGAUAAGGGCGGACGCGCUGCCUCCAAGGAUAAAGAGGAAAAACGAGACCAGGAGCGAGAGCGGGGUAGGGAACGCAGCAGGAGCACACACAGACGCCACAACGACGACGACGACAAGGAAGACCGAAGGCGGAGAACAAGGAGUCGGGAGCGUGGGAAAAGUCCUGACAGAAGCAAGAGAUCGAGCAGGCGCUCUCGAAGCAAAAGCGAUAGACGAGGGCGCAGCAAGGAUCACGCCACUCCUCGUAAGGACAGCCAGAGGCGACGACGAAGCAGCACCAGCAGCAGCAGCUCUGACAGAGACGAUCGCCGUAAGCGCCGCAAGAGCCCAGACUCCAAACGGAGAAGAUCCAAAAGCACCUCCAAAGACAGAAAAAGAGCAGAAGUUAAAGGCAAGAAGAGGAAUCACUCGAGCUCCAGUUCCAGCUCCGACAGCGACUGAGAACCAGUCUUUUAUUUGGAUGCUCAUCCAGCAUGCAGCUCCGGCUUUCAAACUGCUUUCUGACAUUCCUCACAGGCCAUCCACAAUAUCUGCCAACUUAAAAUUCCCAAACCUUUUAAAGGGGAGGCUGCACCAGAUGAAUGCCAGGCUGGAAAACACAAGCAUCCAUGAGAAGUCUAUUGAUACUUUUGAGAAGAAUAGAAACCCAUGUCAUCCAAACACAAUGUACAGUAAAGCUGAGCCCCUCCUUGUCGAUCUUUGGCUUGGUCGCAGCGCUGAGCCGAGACAACCCGUGACAACGACCGCCCGUGCGGCUGAAGCUGCCCCAUCGAGGACUGAAACCGUUCAGUGCCCGAUAUGGUAAGAAUUCUAGAGUCGCUUUUUUUUUUUCAAAUGCUGCCACUACACUUGGAUUAUUGCUUAUUUUGGAUUCUUUGGUACAGCCGGUUCCAGAUCUUUUUAUACUGAUGUUUGAUUUCUGUUAUUUAACAUCAUCUUUGGGUGGCGGAUCUGAUUUUUAGGAUAUGAGAAUUGAGAUAUAAAAAAAAAUAAAAAAUCUUGCACAGUUAUUUCUGAUCUUGAAAUGUUACCAACACCUGUCCCGUCUUGUCGUCUCUCGUUCAAUCGAGUGAUGCCUCCACGUUUGUUUUGGAAUGGAGGAAAGUGUAACGCCACAAGUACGACAUAAAAAUACUGUGUUUAUUGUGCGAGAUGUUUUAGGAGAUACCCUGCUGUAGAAAGAAAUUAAAAAAUACCCAAAUCACAUCUGAAAAUAUUGUUCUGCAGCAAUUAUUAGCACCGUUAAAAGUGAAGUGAAAUCUCCCAGGUUCUUGUAUUUUUGUUUCCCUCAGCGUGAGAUCAAUGACAGGAUCACGGAGUGAUAAUGAUGGUCAUGUGGUGCUGCAAACACAGUACCACAUGCCCAUUUGGGACUUUAUCUUCUGCUGGUUCAGGCUGACAACCAAGUGGAAAUCCUUUAGUUUCUCGGGACUUGAAACGUCCACCUGAAAACAUCUCCCCAUGGACAAGCCCCUAAGUCGCAGCUCAGUUCGGUUCUUCCGAAUCGCUCACCAGGAGGUCCUAACAUCACCACGUAAACCCGAGCCUCUUCUUUGCUGCUUGGAUAUCUCCAACCUCAUGGAUCUUCUU